CGGAGCAGCAGGCAGCCAGCCAGCCGGGAGCCGGCCGUCACAGUCGGCUGGGUUGCGCUUUGCUUUUGCAGUGAGGCAUUGACCUGCCCAUAUGACUUGGCGCUCUCCACCAGCAGGAAUUUCCAGAAGGAGUUUGAAUUUUUGUGAUUUUUUUGAAUAUUUUGUUGGUGGAAUAUGUUGGCAUUUAUGUUUGCUUCCAAAUCAGUGUCUUGCUCACAGCGUAGAUGACUUUCUCUCCGAAACGCUAAGUAUUCUCUCCCGCAGGAGCGCAAAUCCUUGUUUUUCAUGACAGAUCUCGACGACAAUAUAUGCAAAAGAUAUAUAAAGAUGAUAACUAAUAUAGUUGUAUUGAGCCUGAUCAUUUGCAUUUCCUUAGCUUUCUGGAUUAUGUCAAUGACUGCAAGCACCUACUAUGGUAACUUACGGCCUAUAUCUCCAUGGCGUUGGCUGUUUUCUAUUGUUGUUCCUGUUCUGAUCGUCUCUAAUGGCCUCAAAAAGAAAAGUCUAGAUCACAGUGGGGCUCUAGGAGGGCUAGUGGUUGGAUUUAUCCUAACCAUUGCAAAUUUUAGCUUUUUUACGUCUUUGCUGAUGUUUUUCCUGUCUUCUUCGAAACUCACUAAAUGGAAGGGAGAAACAAAGAAGCGCCUAGAUUCAGAAUAUAAGGAAGGUGGGCAAAGGAAUUGGGUUCAGGUAUUCUGUAAUGGAGCUGUACCCACAGAGCUGGCACUGCUAUACAUGAUAGAAAAUGGCCCUGGGGAAAUCCCAGUCGAUUUUUCCAAGCAGUACUCUGCUUCGUGGAUGUGUUUGUCUCUCUUGGCUGCAUUGGCCUGCUGUGCUGGAGACACAUGGGCUUCAGAAGUUGGCACAGUUCUGAGUAAAAGUCCUCCAAGGCUGAUAACAACCUGGGAGAAAGUUCCAGUUGGAACCAAUGGAGGAGUUACAGUCAUGGGCCUUGUCUCCAGUCUCCUUGGUGGUACCUUUGUGGGCAUUGCAUACUUCCUCACACAGCUGACUUUUGUGAAUGAUUUAGAUAUUUCUGCUCCCCAGUGGCCAAUUAUUGUAUUUGGUGGUUUAGCUGGAUUACUAGGAUCAAUUGUGGACUCCUAUUUAGGGGCUACAAUGCAGUAUACUGGGUUGGAUGAAAGCACUGGCAUGGUGGUGAACAGCCCAACAAAUGAGGCAAAGCACAUAGCGGGGAAGCCCAUUCUUGAUAACAACGCAGUCAAUCUGUUUUCUUCUGUUCUUGUUGCUCUCUUGCUCCCAACUGCUGCUUGUGGUUUUUGGCCCAGGGAGUGAACUUUUUUUCAUUCCCACAGGUUGAAACUGGAUCAUGGAAGCAGAGUCCUGGAAGCAUGAGACCUUUGUGAGAUUUUCCCAAGCUGUGAACACUACGAUGUAGUAUUGGAUUUGCCAUCCUGGAUCUUACUCUGUCACUGACCAGAGUGACUCCCUUGUCCUCCCAGUGGUCAACUAUGCUGGCAAUCCUAACACAACGGAUUCUAGGCUUGUCUUCCUCUGCCAAUCUGUAAGUAGUAAAUCUGCUUCAUGUAACUUGUUGCAUGUUAGUAUGUUCUGUCUCACUGGCCUCAAGCAAUUGGUAACACUGCAGCCUGGGUUGCAGUGGGUGGAAUUGUUUAGAAUCCUAUUCCUAGUGGCUGCCAUCGUAAUGAUCUUUGUUGUCCUUUCUGCACUAGUAGUCCCCCUUUGAACUGGUUAUUAGUAAACCUGCUUCACAAUAGAAAUAUGAGCAUCAAAGGAGAUUCUCUUCCAGAGAAUAAGAAAGGAGAGCUGGAGAAAAGGCCUCCAUCUUCUCAGAGAAUAUGUAAAUAAUCAUGAGCAGAAUAUUGGCAGAAAUAUGGUGUUAAAAGCCAUUCUGGUGACAUUGCAGAUGAAAAUGAGGAACAUGUUAUUGGAAACUGGGGAAAGGUAAUUCUUGUUUUAAAGUGGCAAAGAACUGGCCCAAACUAUGUUCUAGUAGUGUUCUGUGAAAGAAAAACUUGCCAGCAAUUAAACUGGAAUCUUUAGCUGAGGAGCUUUCUAAGUAAAGUGUUGAAGAAGCAGCUUAUUUCCUCCUAAGCACUAUAGUAAAAUGCAAGAGGAACAAGAUGAAUUUAAAAAGGAAUUUUUAAAUAAAAGGAACAAUAAGUUAAAGAUUUGAAAAAUUCUCAACCAUCCAUAUUGCAAAAAACAAAGCUUUGUUCUAAAGGGAACAUCAAAGAUAUGGCUGGAUUAUCAAUUGAUAAAGAGUUUAUAGGAUUCUAUUAACAGAAACACUGCCAGUUUGAACUGAAGGACAUGGAGAUGGAAUAAAAUAAAGGCUGCCAAAUUUUUGGAAUUUUACAGGACAAGAUCAUAGAGCUA